AUCGCAAGUAUUUAAACAGAAACAUUGAGGGUGACAGUGAUUUUUAAGCGGAUCGAUUUUCCGGUUUUCGAAGACUUCGCGGAAGAUAAGAGAAGGUGUCUUUCCCCUUCUAUAUUUUGCUAUUCAAAGCAGAAUGGUCACGCACAGUAUGGAUAACAUCCUGAACAUGCAGUACUAUCCGACGAACAGCCGCGUUGACGCAUCGGUGCAUUCACCGCCACCGAGGAAGAGGCGUUGUUUGAAUAAAGAGCAAGAUCCGAUGUCACACAGGAUCAUCGAGAAGCGUAGGAGAGAUCGUAUGAACAACUGCCUGGCCGAUCUCAGCAGACUUAUACCGGCAGAAUACUUGAAGAAGGGUCGGGGCAGAGUCGAGAAGACAGAAAUCAUCGAGAUGGCGAUCCGCCACAUGAAGCAUCUUCAAGGCCUCGGUCGGCAAGAUACCAAGCACUCACCUGUCACGCCAGUGCACACACAUCCUGAGGACAGCGUGGACAGCGUGUCCCACUCAACCGCGGCUUCCACCGCUGCGGAGCAUUAUAAGCUAGGAUUUCAGGAGUGUUUGAGCGAAACCAUGCAUUUCCUCAUCGAGGUCGAGGGUUUUUUCGCGAGGGAUACCCUCUUUGUACAGCUCAUUAAUCAUUUGCAGCAGCACUGCGACAAAAUCGUAGCCACCAGUGAUCGAUUAGGCUUCCCACACCCCGAGUUGCCAGUGAUGAAUGGUGUGAUAAACGGCGCCAGCUAUUCGCACACGAGUAUUCCGACGAUAUGCCAGCCCAAUGGUGGCCACUCGGACCAUGGCUCGAGCUCGGGUGUGAGCUCGUUCGGCGACCCAGAGCGCCCGCUGUUGCGACCGGCGAUUGUGCCACCACCGACGAUUGUAAGUGAUGACAGCAAUCACAGCACCCACUCGCAUAGUACGCCGCCUGGAUCCGGAACCGUCUCCUGUCGAGACCGGCCGACCAACUACAAGUUCAAGAGUUCGAUCAAGCAGAGGUUCUCGGCGGAGAGGGUGAAAUCGUGUUCGCCGCCAGUGUCGAAUGGUAUCGGGCUAGAUAAGCCACCAUCCUCAUUGUCUCACGGGGUGCCAAUCUUCGCUCUGCACGACGCUGGAUCCUUCUACGUGCCACUGACAGUUGAGGCGUCUUUGAUCAGACCUCACCUGAGCUUCAUUCCGGACACCGGACCCGACACCGUUUUACAUCCGGUUACGAUAUCGGUUAAUUUCAAUCACUCGUCGCCGCCAACGUGGUCGCAACACCACAGUCCCAUUCACCAGCAUCAGACAUAAAAGAGAGGCGAAAACAAUUAAAAUGAAUAAUUCGUCAUCCAAUUGCUUGUAUCCAUUAUGAGCGAGAAAGAUGUAUUUUGUGUCAUCAUUUUCCGAUUACCAUCAGUAGACUGAUCUUUGAAUCAGUGAGCUAAUACAUGAAUGUAAGAAUCUUGCGAAUUCUUCAAUAAUAUCGUUAGACAUUGCGAUGGGAAUCGGGAGCGAUGAUUAAAGCUGUCCACGUGGCGCUCACGAGAAUCAAGAACAGUUUGUGAUCCUCCUAUUUUAUUGAUCGCAAUACGCGGUGGACGGCAUGAAGUGGGUUUGGUGAUAAUUGAUCGAACAACAAUUUGUCGAACGGACAAUUCAUCGAAAUAAAAUUGAUCGAAAAGAUAAUUAGUCGAAAGUAUAAUUCAUCGAAAGGAUAAUUGAUCGAAUGGACAAUUGAUCCAAAGGACAAUUGUUCGAAAGUAUAAUUGGUCAAAAGAGGAUGA